GGCUGAGUGUGGGGUGAAAUAUUAAACAGUGUGGUGAGACGUCUUAUCAUAGCCUAACGCAACGUUACAUGAGAAGUCGAUUAAUUUGUUGUCGAAAAUGGCUUCGCCGUCUGCAAAUCCCAGCUCACCGGUGAUGGUGGACGUGGUCGCGGUUCCAGUUUCUCCUGGUCCCAGCAUCAAAACGUCGUCUACAACCACACCAUCCACCUUGGGAAGAGGAAAGAAGCGACCUGCUAGCCCAGCAAUUAAUCCCGGAGUCACUAGCAACAGCAAGAAAAAAAAGAUACAGUUUACUGCUACAGGCCAGUUAGCAGCAGUGGAUGUCACAAGUGAAACAAAAUCAGGAGGAGGUGACGUUACCUCUGGGCCAACUGAACCUGCAGCGAAACCUCUGCCUUUCAAAGACCCCAGUUUUGUGCACUCUGGUAUAGGUGGGGCUGCAGCAGGGAAGAAGAAUCGGAGCUGGAAGAACCUCAAACAGAUUAUAGCCUCAGAGCGUGUUCUGCCCUGGAAAAUCGACCAUCCCAACUAUUACAACAUAGAUGCACCCCCUUCCUUGAAACCAGCAAAGAAAUACUCGGACAUCUCGGGUCUUGUGGCCAACUACACAGAUCCCCAGACUAAGCUGAGGUUUGCCUCCACAGAAGAGUUCUCUUACAUCCGCCUUCUGCCCACUGAUGUGGUUACUGGCUACUUGACAUUGAGGAAGGCCACAUGCAUAGUGCCCUAACCUAAGGGUGCACUGAGUCAUGAGAAAAUCCAUAUAUGUUUUGUGUGUUUUUGAAAUGCUGUGCAUCUGAUCACACCUAAUGUGGAUUGCAUGUGUGUAUGUGUAAUGUACUGUAAACCAUAUCUGCUCUCUGGUAUCCAGAGGAAUGUAUAUUUGUAUUGGCUUUGACAUUUUCUUCAACUCCAUGUUUUAUACAACUGUUGUGCUUUCUACUGCUAAACACCCUUUUCCUCAGGACUUUGGAAUGAAAUUCCUGUGAAGUUUGUUGUA